AACCACCUUAAAUUUACAAUUUCAGGUUGGUAACUAUACGGUUUUAAAAAUACGAUUUCCGAUCUGAACUCAAUAAUUUACUUACUAACUUAUAUUUACAAACGAGUAGGAUAGUUCAAUGAAAAGUUAUGAAACAGUUCAUCGGACGUAUACUUCGAUUUCCGUGAACGUUUAAUGAUAUACAUCUAUCGUACUUGUACCAUAAAUAUCUUUACAAGAAUUUCGAGGUUAUGAGACAUAUUUACAAUAACUCCAAAGCAUGUUCCACGGUUAAAGCAGAAUGAACUAACGAAAAAAUAAAAGAUACGAAACAAGUUCCAUAUUUAGAAUAUCAAAAAGUAAAAUGAAGUGGUUGCCACGACAAAUCACGUUACCGCUCUUACUUGGUGUGUCUUUAACAAGUAUUAGCAUUGCUUUCAUAUAUCUACUGUACAAACAGGAUGAAGAUGAUGCAAAUUCUCGAAGAAAGAAAAUACAAAUUGUGCAUAGAAUUAGUAUAGAAUACAAAGUACCUAGGCAGUUUGUUCCCGCUGUUAUUGGAAGAGGUGGUUCUGUAGUAAAAGAUGUACAAAAUAAGACAGGAACACAAAUAUAUUUUAAAGAAGACAAUCUCGAAUGUCCUGAUCGUAUUUGCAUCAUAAGAGGAACUUUUGAGGCUGUACAUUUCGCGGAAGAAAUGAUAAAAUCCAUAAUUGAAAAUCAGCCUAUAAUUGAAACAUAUGAAAUGUAUGUACCUCAGAACUCAUGUGGAAGGAUAAUAGGAAGAGGUGGCGAAAGUAUAAUGCAAAUACAAGCAUCUUCUCGUGCAAAAGUUAUUAUUGAAAGUGGAUUUACUCCCUACGAUUUGAAUGCUGAAAGAAGGAUUAUAAUAAAAGGUACAGCUGAACAGAUUGCUUCAGCUUUAUCGCAAAUUGAGGAUAAAGUUCGCGAAGAUAAAGAAUCUUAUACAAAAGUGCAAGCCUCUGCUGCAGUAAGACUGCCUAGAGGUAAAUCUUCACUGCGCAACAGUCCAGUUAACUCCACUGAACAUUUGUAUUCCACUGAAAGUUCAGUGUUGCAAGUUACAGAUGGUCUAAUGGAAAUAUAUGUAUCUGCAAUGGAAAAUCCUAGCCAAUUCUGGAUUCAAGUUGUUGGUCAUGGAACUACAGCUUUAGACAAAUUAGUGUCUGACAUGGCUGAGUAUUACAGUGAAGAAGAAAAUCGAGAGUUACAUAGAUUAAAAAAUGUAACUCUGGGUCAAGUAGUUGCAGCAAAAUUCAGUUUCGAUGAACUGUGGUAUAGAGCCGAAGUUAUUUCAGAACCUGAAGAUGGCCAAUGUGAAGUUUAUUUUAUGGAUUAUGGGGACCAUGAAGUAGUUCAACUUGAUUCUAUACUGGAACUUCGCACAAACUUCUUAAGCUUACGAUUGCAAGCAAUCGAGUGUUCUUUGGCUGGCAUUAAACCACGCGAUGGGGAAUGGAGCACGGAAGCCUGCGACAGAUUCUCAGAACUGACUUCGUUGGCUCAGUGGAAACCUCUUAUUGGUAAAGUUAGAGGGUACAAAGAACGGGCUGUUGGCUGUGGGAAAUCUCAACGCGAGGGCACGCCGAUUCCUUGCAUCGAUAUUUACGACAGAAACGAUAAUAAGGAUAUCAAUAUCCGCAAGGAGUUAAUAUUGGAAGGCCACGGAGAGCCAGAAGAAGCGUCUUCGUCGGCUGCUUCCUCCACGUUGUCACUGUCCAUGCGCAGCCACGAAGCAACGAGUACUUCAAGAGCUGCGUCCGUCUCUCCGCUGGCUAAACGAGUUGUAAGCGUGGAAUCGUCGAUGCAGAAUCAAAGCUGGAACGAUUACGAGUCCAGCCCGUGGGACUUCACCGCCGAAUCACCUCAAGAAACGACGAACACAUCUAUCACGGACUUCGACACUCAUGCCGAAGUAGAAGUGGUAGAUUUGAGAACACCGCGAAAACCCGAUGAUCGGAUCGUGGAAAUCGAUCUGACGACACCGGCGAAGGUCGAGACGAGUCGUUUCAUCGACACCGAGAAGAGAGCGCAUCGCGACGGCGACUCCCUGAAGAACGGAAGCAGCAGCAGCAGCAGCAGCAACAACCAGCGCAACGGAUUCCGUGAUCCCGGCCUGAAAGUAAACAAGUCCUCGCUAAUCGCGCCCGCUGGAUACGAGAGCGAUAUCUCCGCCGAUUCCGACGACUUCGAGCUGGGGUAAAGCCACCACCUUCAACCAUUCUUAUUCUUAUUUUUGUAUUUCCCGUUCACAUCCGUACCGCUGCACCGCCGUUCGAAAGCAUUCGCGUCCGCAACUAGAAGAAACUUGAGUACAGCUCAAUAUUUAUGUAUUGCCCGAUAUUUAUAUUUAAAAAUGAAAUUUUGUCCUCUUUUGUAACGUCUUGGGUUUUCCAAACAAAUCUUAUUAGUUGUUCUAACACGAGACUUCAUUCAAACAAAUAGAACACCUCGAAACAUCAAGUAACCAGCAUUUGUAAUAUUAACAGACUUCGCAAGUGAUUUUGUUCGAAAGCCAUAUUUUCAAUUCCAUGUAUCAUAGUUCUUUCCGUAUAUGUAGUAUGUAAAAGUGAUAGUCGUCUUCCUAUGACGAAGGAAAUACGAUAGCAACUCGAAAGUUGCUAGUCAAAAUAAUUAGAGCCUGUUUUGUGUGAUGAAUCGAAAUACUAAAAAUUAAGAAAAAAAGAAAAAAGAACCUGUGUAUUAAACGUCGUAGAAUUUGUAUCGAAUGUUUAGUUUAAAAGUGUUGGUCUGAUUCGAAUAGAUUCUCUAAUUAUUUCGAGCAACGUGUCCAAAUAAAUGGCGUACACUAUUGUCCUAUUAAGGGAAUGGUAUUCCCGUAAUGGUAAAAAUCAUUCGUUUGUAUGCUCGAUUUUACGUUAGUGGUAAUCUCAUCCGCAUUAGAGAACAGUAUACAGAACCUGUAUAGUAGAACCUCGAUUAUCUGAACUAGCAGAAAGAAAACAGAGAUAACUUAUGAUAUAUAUGAGCAUCGUCAGCAUAACAUUGAGAAUUUUAUAAUUACAGAUGAAAUAGCAAAAGUACCAGUAACACUAUAAGCAAAUAAAUAACGUGAACAACGA